AUGAAACUGAUGGUCAUUUUUUUGCUUCCCAUCGUGGCGACGGUUGGAGUGGUUUGUUCCGUCGGUCAAUCGAGAGGAUUGUUUCCCGCAAUGACCACCCUACAGCUCACGAUGUGCACCGUUACGAAUGGACGUCUGUUCAAGCCUGAGAAAAAAGAGUACCCCGUCCGGCGACUUGGCAUCAAUUUGGGCUUCCAGGUCAACUACAAUCUUCCGUUUCGGCUGCUGGACUUCUACAAGCCGGCCUACUGGGCCCGUGCUCUGGUCGGUGUGGUCAACGGGCAGUUCCGUCCGACGACCGUCGUUUCUGGGCGCAACUUCAAACGGGCCGUUACGCACAAGGAUUCCGAUCUGACCGCGGGCCAGUUGUACCGCGCGGCGGAGGAACUGAUGCAGGCGAUGCAGUUCGGCUCCGACUGCCUGGCGAAGAGUGUUUGCGAACUUGCCCACAGUCCAUUUCAUCGGGAAAUUAAUCAAGAGGAUCUGCUGACAGAUGUUGCACAUUUUUUACUAACGCCCUCCGUACAUCGAGCGUUCGGCGAGACUGAAUACCGUGAUCGGAACAUAUAUGAAAUGGCCGAAAAUCUUGGCGCAAGUGGGGCCGACUGCGAGCUUAUUUAUGAAAAAUGUCCCAAAUCGUUACUGGAGCACUAUUCAAAAUUUGAUUAA